AUGUUCGAGACCCUUGCAAUAACGGCAGUUCAUUGGGCAUUUAGCGCCUUGCUCAUCGUCGACCGGUUGAUCGAACCCCAAACUACUGUCCAUUUUCUGGAAUUCUGCGUCUCUGGAAACUUGCCAAAUGGAGAGGUCACCAAGCUCCCUCUUCUAGGUGAAGAUGAGUUCCUGCAGUGGAAUAGGCCGUAUAAUGAAUGGGCUCCUGACCCAUAUAACCUCAGUGAAGACCUCAUGUCGCAAAUCUCGCUGAGAAUUGGCUCGACAGAGGACUUCAGUCGUCUGGAGGUUGUGGCAUACAAUGUUCAUUCAUGGAAAUCAACAUUUUGGGAAGACAUGGUUCCCAUAUCCCCUACUCAGUGGCAGACAAAAGGGCUGAAUAAACCUGAGAAUUUUGAUCUGGCUUGCGAGUAUCUUUCUGCUGCGAUAGCGGUAUUUGAAUACCUGAACGUUGAGAAAAUACAGAAAAAUUUGAAGGAGACGUAUAACCUCCUAUAUGACGAUUUCUCAUACUUUGACAAAGCGAUCAAUUCCCAGCGUUCCUCUGCUGGCAUUACAGAGACCAUCAGCAUGGCAGCCCUUUGGGAAGAAUAUAUCCGCACACACUAUCAAACCAUAACCACCCGGGCUCACUCGUGGGUUAUUUCUCAUAUCGAGGAGCUCAGGGGUCCCGUAUUACGCGAUCUAGCCAUGCAUAAACCGCCAUCUGAAGAAACAUACAGCCCGGAACAAUGGACACUAACCAACAAGCUACAUCUCUUAGCUGAGCUUACUGUCACGUCUGACUUUACCAUUUUGAUACCCAUGGAUGGAUAUAAGGGCUACUCGGCGCCGGAUUUAGUCGAAGACAUACGGAGCCCGUCCUUUGAUAUACGCCGCAAGGCGGCAGCGGCUACAGUCAAAUCGGACGGCAAACCCCGAAUCCAUACUUCAGACGUUGAACUGUCAGAUAGCUGCGCAGACUCUCAAGUUCGACAUAUGAUCCGAGGGAAUCCAGAGCCACUGCCUCCGCCAGCAUGGAUUAUGAGAAUACAAAAAUUGAUGGAUUCUGCCGAGAGCACAGAGGAAGAUCCGGAGCCUUAUAAGCCACCAAAGUUCACGAUGUAUAAGCUUGUCUAUGGCAAGACUGACGAGGAAUGGAACGCCUUUAUGCAGAAACUGGAAGCUGAUAUGAAUAACUGGGGUGACGGCAUCGAUGGAGCGAACCAAAUAAAGGGACUAUUGAAGCUAGAAUGGUUCGAUGGCGAGGAGCUUGGGAUACCAGAAGAUGAUGUAGAUGCUGCGGCGAAACACUUUGAAAAAAUGCGAGAAGCGGAAGACUUCAGCCAGCGCAAUCUACUAGAUUAUGACUUGCUGGUCAUAGACAGCGCCUCUUUCUCCUCAUACAUGACAGAUAAAUUCUCGAUGCCAUCGACGGACAAUUCGGGCCUACACCCUUCAGACUUCCAACCGUUUGUACUACAAGUCUCCUCCGAUUAUGAUCCUGAAGAUCCUGAUCUGCGCAAGGAUGAGCUACCGGGCUGGAAAGGCAGAAUGCGGGUAUUAGGCAGUCUUGUAUGGAGCGAUAUCUAUGCCUCUGCCUCUGAGCAGUCGUCUACACACAUGUGGAGAUGGGCAAUGGAUCAUCCGAACCAGGUGUAUACGGGCCGCACUGUGCCGAUGCAAGUCAAGGCUUGGGAAGAGUAUAAUUCUCUAUAUGCGAAGCUGUGGCGUGGCUCAAGGGAGUUUGCGAAAGACCUGUGGGAGAGAUGGGGGCUGAAUUCAGCUGAUGAGCUGUGA